AUGACAAUUCGCUGGGGCAUCGUUACCGCUGGGAAGAUCAGCCAUGACUUCGUCAAUGCUUUUAAUUCGUAUCCUAAUAAAGGUGACCAAACGAUAGCGGCGGUGGCUGCUCGCGACAAAAGCAGAGCGACGGAAUUCGCUAAAACACAUAAUAUUGCCAAAGUAUUCGACUCUUACCAAGCUAUGGCUGCCAGUAACGAUAUCGAUGUAGCCUACAUUGGAGCUUUAAACCCCGACCACUACGAGCUAUCUAAAUUGUUCCUUGAUAAUGGUAAACACGUUCUGUGCGAGAAACCACUCUGCCUUAAUUACAAACAAACCAAAAGCUUAAUUAAUUUCGCGAAAACCAAGAACUUGUUUCUAAUGGAAGCAGUGUGGUCUAGAUUCUCGCCUGCAUAUUUAGUGUUGGAAAAGGAAAUAAAUUCUGGAAAACUUGGAGAAGUUCAAUACGUGGAGGUCAAUUUUGGAGUACCUAUUGCAGCAGUAGACAGGUUACGAUUAAAGGAAUUAGGAGGCAGCGCUCUUCUUGAUAUUGGCAUAUACACACUUCAAUUUGCUCAAUUUAUUUUCAAAGAAGAACCUAUCAAAGUAACAGCCAUUGGAGAUCUAAAUGAAUUUGGAGUCGAUUUAGUCGACACUAUUGUCCUUGAAUACAAAGGUGGCAAAAGGGCAGUGCUUAAUAUUAAUUCAAAUGUUCGACUUUGGAAUAAAGCAACUGUUUAUGGAAAUAAAGGCAGAGCAACGGUAGAAGAUCCUUUUCAUUUCCCUGAAAUUGUGAUUCAUGCUGAUGGCACAGUCGAGAAAAUCCCUUUGCACACCUCAAGCAUUCCAUACAACUUUGGAAACAGUGCGGGGUUGGUUUAUGAAGCCCUAGAAGUAGCCAGAUGUAUAAAAGAAGGUUUAAAGGAAUCACCGCGGAUGUCUCAUCAAGAAAGUCUCAUAUUGGCAAAACUUGAAGAUGAAGUUCGUAAACAAUUGGGCGUAGUCUUCGACGUUGAUAGCAAGGAUUUCCCUUGA